AAGGACAGAAUAUCAAAUGUCUGCUCUCUUUCAAUUGACCGAAGACUACCGAAAAGCUCUGAGAGCACACGAACGCGACUCUUCUUUUGUAUGAGUUUUUUUUGCCACGUCGCAUUUCUGGCGACACUGCGGCCAACGUAAUCGCCGACAAAGGUUACGAUUGGAAUAGGUUCGGCAGCAGUCAAAGGAGAUAUCAAAUCGGCUUUUAGAACGUGCCAAAAAGAUAGCGAAGAACGAAUACUGCAUGUGAAGAAAGUUGAAAGACAAAGAAGAUUGCUGUUACAAGAAUUUGGCGCCGGUUGCCAGAUAAUAUAUUUUAUGUCAGCAUGAGGCCAUUCUUUGAGGAUGAAACGCCGAUAAAAACACCAGAACCUAGUACUGCCAAGCCUUCGUCACCUGAAGUUAAAGUUAUAAAUAUGUCUAGUAGUGACGAGUGCAUUAGAAAAGAGCGUGACGUGGAGAAACCUGAUGAAUCACCUGUGAAAAAGAUUGAGAUUGCUGUUCAGACAGCACUAGAACCAACGUGUCCAGCAGAGAACAAGGAUGUACAAGUAGAAUUACCUGAAAAAGGCAUGCAUGUGCCACAUCCCAGCAGAGAUGCAACUGCACGAGUAUCUGAUCCGAUUGAAUCAACAAUUACACCGGAGACGGACGACGGCAACAAUAAUUUGACAAGUUCUGAGAAUGUGACAUCACCUAUGAAGAGGUUUUCGAGGUCUCAGUCAGACUCUUGUCUAACUUCUCAGGAGAAGACGAAAUGUUUGGAUACGCCAGACGCAGCUACUAUAAGAGUUGAUGUACACAUGAACGAGUUUGUUCAAGAUGAGACAGAUGCAUCGCAGGAAACAAGAGUGUCGAUAGAUGCUAGCGCGGAAAGCUCACAGACAGUUUCAGGCCCGAACGAUGAAGGUCAAUCUACAGAGCAAUCAUCAUCCAAAGUCUGUAUAUACAAAAAUCCCCAAUGUAAAUUAUUGCAUAUGAAACUUGACGACAUUCACGAUUAUGCUUUAAAAAAUUGUACUGAAAGAUUGCAAAAAUAUCAAGACCUACAAAAUUUAUAUACAGAAAGAAUAGCGUCUUUAACUGACCUCAUCGAAAAAGUACGAAAUGAACAAAAAGAUAUGGAUUUUUCGCUUAUUAGUCCAAGCGAUAACACUAGCUUAAUGCAAAUUUCUACACCAAAAUUAUCCUGUAAUGAUGCACAAGCAGUACGUAGAUGGAGUGACCCUAUAGAAGCAAUUCAUGCUCUACUUGGAAGAACUCUCCUUGAGUCACAAAGAAUUAUGCGAGGAAGCGAAGCAGCUUCAAGGAAUGAAACUUUAUGUGAUGCGGAAAUCCAGGCGAUUACUUCUACUCCUCGAAGUAAAUUAGUGGACACUGUUAAAACGCAUGUACAGGAAUCCAAAGUAGUAGAAGGCAGAACUGAGCCAAAAAUUAAUAGCAAUGAAAAAUUUAAUAUACAUCUUAGCCAAGUUGAAAUGCAGCAAAAACCUCAAGCACGGUCGGCAACAAAAACAUCGGGGCGUGACUUUUAUCCUCCGUGUAUAUUUUCUUUUUACGAAAAAGAAGUAGUAGAGUUUGUAGAAAAACUGAAUAAUUUGGACGAAAUUAUAAAACAAAGUGAAAAUUUGGACAAAGCAAGUACCGACUUUGUAGCUUUGAAAAAAAAUGAUGAAUCACAGAAUAGAGUAUCGUCUUUUAAGGAACUUGAUCCAAAAGAGAGUGCCUCAUUAAAACGUGAAAAAGAUGAUAGCAUUACAGAGGAACUUGCUUCUACUUCAGGGACAGCAAAAGAAAACGAUUUUAUUCCUAUAUUAACUGAGAUUCCCAAAAUAUCGCGCAGUGGGAAUGUGACAUCAAUAAGUGCAAGGCCUAAAUUUCCCGUUAUAUCAUUAAAUAGAUUGGACAGGAAAAAAAAGGAGAUGGAUGAAGUCAUGGAAUAUUUUCAAGAAAAAAAAGUUAGAGAGAAGAAAAAGAAGAAGGCUACUAGUGAAGAGUCUGAAGAUGAUGAGGUGGAAUUCAUUCUUUAUAGGAAAAAAAAGGAGUUGGAUGAUUUAAUCAUGAAAUGUCUUCAAGCAAGAGAGAAGGGAAAGAAGAAGGCUGCUAGUGAAGAGUCUGAAGAUGAUGAGGUGGAAAAGAAAGACGGAUCUGAAAAGGAGGAAGAAAAAGAGAAAAAGCUAGCUAAGCGAAAUUAUAUUAAAAAGACUCCUAACAAACGUAAGAAGGAAUCCUCCGAUGAUGAAGAAAGCGCUAGCGCUAGUGAUGAUGAUACUAGCGACGAAGAUUACACCCCACAGAAAUCUUAUUACAUAUCAAAAAAAAGUAAGCUUGGCAAGAAAGGAAAGAAGAAGGGAAGGGGUAAAAACAAAAAAACUCCAGGAAGCACAGCAAAGAAGGGAGACAGUGACAAAGACAAGGGGUACUUUACAUUAACUCCAGAACUUGCCGCGGUUGUUGGAGUAAAACAAAUGCGUUGCUAUGAAGUCGUAAAAGAAAUAUGGAGCAUCCUAAAAAAAAGGAAUCUUUUUGACCCUAAGGAUAAACGGUAUGCGUUUUGUGACGACGAAUUAUUGAGGGUAUUCGGCGAAAAGCGUAUCCUAGCUUUCGGUAUGAUGAAGUACCUUAAAAAUCAUAUGAAGCUAAAACACAAAUCACUUUAAAUUAAAUUUUCUUCAAUCCCGAUCUCCCCGACAAAUUAUGCGACAAAUUAUGUACGUAUAUACAUAUAUGUAUAUAAUAUAUUCCAAGAUGCGUCUCAUGCACCUCUUCAUUUUUCUCACGUGAUACAUACAUGAAAGUAUGAAACACAAAAGUAUUUCUUGCGACUUAAGACUUUAGACCAUGCUGAGACCAUUUUGACGUAUAAUUUGCUAUUCGCCAAUCGUAUAAAACUAGUGAGUAAUGUGGGUGAGAGGAUUUAUCAAGUGCAUAUUACGUUUACCAUUCAUGUCGAUUUGACAACGGAUAAUUUUCUUACGAGAUCAUCAAACAAAUCAAUCAAUUCGUGAUAAUCAAUUAUAAAUCGCAAAUCGUGCAUAAUCUGGCAUUAACUUUAAGGAUUUUCAUACUAAAGGAUAGAUAGUUAAGAUUGUCAAUAAUAACACAAAACAAAUAUUUUUCUAAUAUUUCAAAUAUAUAUAUUUAAAAAUACACACACACACACACACACACACACACACACACAUAUAUAUAUAUUAAAAUUAAUUAUAUCGCCAAUACAAUAAAUGUGUUAGUUGAAAUGUCACAGAGCAAAAUUGAACGUCAAAUAUCAAAAGAAGUGCUUCCAAUCAAUUUUAUUUUUAGUUUAUUAUUCAAUAAUAUUAUUACUAUAAUUGCACGCCAUGUUGGUUCAUGUAUAGAACUAUACUAUGCAACGAACGUAAAUCGUAAAAAUAUGGAUAGUUUAUACUGGCGAAUGACAGAUUUCUGCUAAUACUACAGAUUGUGCGUAAUUUCGCGUUUCAUAGUAUUUUUUUUAUUUCUGCAACUUUUUUUUUCUGGAAAAUGAAUGUACGUAAUAUAUAUAUGUAUACAUAAAUGUAUAAGAGAAUAUUACUUUACAGUAGAUAGAUGUAUUUUUUAUAUGUUGCAAGAUUUAGUAGUGACUUAUUAUAUUUGAAAUAUUGCGAUA